AUGGAUGUGGUAUUAGCUGUGGAUGUGGAUUCAGAUUUUGAUGUGGAUGUGGUUUUAGCUGCGGAUGUGGAUUUAGAUGUGGAUGUGGUUUUAGCUGCGGAUGUGGAUUCAGAUGUGGAUGUGGUUUUAGCUGCGGAUGUGGAUUCAGAUGUGGUUGUGGUUUUAGCUUCGGAUGUGGAUGUGGUUUUAGCUGCGGAUGUGGAUUCAGAUGUGGAUGUGGUUUUAGCUGCGGAUGUGGAUUCAGAUUUAGAUGUGGAUGUGGUUUUAGCUGCGGAUGUGGAUUCAGAUGUGGAUGUGGUUUUAGCUGCGGAUGUGGAUUCAGAUUUUGAUGUGGAUGUGGUUUUAGCUGCGGAUGUGGAUUUAGAUGUGGAUGUGGUUUUAGCUGCGGAUGUGGAUUCAGAUGUGGAUGUGGUUUUAGCUGCGGAUGUGGAUUCAGAUGUGGUUGUGGUUUUAGCUGCGGAUGUGGAUGUGGUUUUAGCUGCGGAUGUGGAUGUGGUUUUAGCUGUGGAUGUGGAUUCAGAUUUUGAUGUUGUUUUAGCCGUGGAUGUGGAUUCAGAUUUUGAUGUUGUUUUAGCCGUGGAUGUGGAUUCAGAUGUGGAUGCGGAUUUAAGUGUGGGUGUGGGUGUGGAUGUAAAUGUUGGUUUAGAUGUUGAUGUUGGUUUAGAUGUUGAUGUUGGUUUAGAUGUAGAUGUUUAA